ACCCAAUCUCUCCCCGCGCGCCCGCUCUAUUGACUCGUAUUGUAAACAAAACACAGUGGCACCUUUCAGCUCUCGGUAGCGUUCAGGGUGACAUCAGACGACGUCAAGUCAUCAGUCAAGUGAGAAACUUUGGUGACAAGCGUCCGGGAUUGUGGUAGAAUUAAAAAAAAGAGACUAUUUUUGUGGAGUUUGGUUUUGACAGCGGUGGCGUCGUUGACGGGUGCGAAGCGGUGAUAGACUGUGAAAUUUGGAACUGAUUUUGUGUGUAACGCAACAUCUUGAUCAAGGCAACACGCAAUGGUGCAAAUUUGAACGGCAGCAAAGGUUAUAGAGACACGAAGGAGUUUUAUAACACCUCUAUGCGGUUUUACUCCAGUGACUCGUUAACUUUAUUUUGAGUGCUCUUCAUGUCCUUGCUUUUCGUCUUGUACGACAACAUUAUUAAAGGAUCGACUUUAGACUACUUUUGAUACGUUGUAGCAGGCAAUUUUGUGGACUUUUUCGACUGUGGAUAUCCUUGUGUACCAGCUGGUUCACUCCGUGCAACGUGUCACCAAGGACUGAAAAAGAUUUCGACGGACCGAAAAGGGAAGUUUACAGCUCUUCUUCGUCUCUUCUGACACUAGGCCGGAGCGAGGCUGGCGCCUGAGGGCAAGAACAGAGCGAGUUUUCUGAACAUUCGACCAAGAAUAAUUGACUGACAUUGUUGGAUGUGAGGAAUAAGCCAGAUGUAAGAUUUUGUGACUAACAGAGGACCGUCAGAAGCGUACAAAAGACAAGUGAAGUCGCUGAUAGGCGGAUUUGUAUUGGGAUAAGUUUGUCAUCACAGCUGAAACCAAAGAAAACAGUAUCAGAAACAGGGCAGGAGUAUAUGGCUGCAAAAGACAAUCAUUUAAGACAGAUACAAGAUAUUAAGUGUACUUGUUAAAACAGUGAAUCGGACUAUCGACUUCUUCAACCGUCACCGAACAAUCUUUUUACAGUAAUUGUGUGACCGCCAGAUAGAAGCACUGUCGCACGAUUUUAAAAUCGUUAUAGUAUCCAUUUAAGUUGCCAUUACAUUCUAUGCACUGAAGACCAGGAGAAUAUAUAAGAGAUCCCCACUUUAAACGCGGGAAACAGGAAGUUGACCAUCAGAGGCACUCUUGCCAAUUAGCUUCAUCACGCAUCGAAUCGGGAUUGCAUCGUUGCCAAGGAAUGUGGUACUAGAUAAGGAACUCAGUGUUUUCUAUAUACAGUUUCGUUCCCGUUAUUCCCUGGAAAUUUAAGAGGAGGUCGGAUCAUACGUGCUGGAAUUUGCCUCCACUAAAUUCUUCAUGAUUCACUUGUCUAAGAUUAUAUCUACGUCUCAGAAAUAAUCCAGGAGUUGGGGUUUUCCCAAAUUCUCAAUUCUCCCGAGGGCUGUUAAAAUUUGUACACACAAAACAGUGAGUGGCCCCAUAAUACAUUCCUAGCAACCCGCCAUUUCCGCGAAAAAUGGUUUAAAGCCAGAUUAUUCAAUCUGGUACCAAUCGAUAUACAUCAAUACGGAAUUAAUACGGCAACCUCAAGCAAGCCUAGUCCAUAGCGGCGGUCUGUAUGAUAAUGGUCUCUGCCAGUGUCUGCCUGUUAAUAAUGCUAACUGUUGAAUCCCUAAUUGGAUUGGGUUGCACUUUUACAUUGGCUGUCUACUAGAUGCAUAUAUUUGAACGGGCUGUGUUACAACUGAUAUCUGAGAAGAAAUAUAUACGCAGAUCUAGGUCUGCGAUUCCUGGUUGUGUUGAUGGACCAAGAUUUCUUCCAUCUAGAUAGACCAGAGAGACCGUUCUUCGAUUUCAGAGGGUCAAAUAGGCCAUUCUACGAUUCCAUAGAGCCUAGGUAGACCGUGCCGCGAUUUCAGAUAGGCAAGAUUAUAAUACGAUUCGAGAUUCGAGACAAGAUAGACCUUUCGUUUCGCAAAACCAAAGCGAUUAAGUUUCAUGCGACAUACGUGUAUCAGGAAAUAUUGGCCAAAGUAGCUGAAUGCGUCUUGAAAUAUUGAGACACCCAGUAGAGGACCAAAAUAUGUUACUGCGACGAUAUGAUGUUAUGAAUCGUUUUGAAAUACCGACGAUUAAAAUUUAAAUUGGCGUUAAACGGAAUACAGUUUGAAAUUUCAUAAGCUCUGAAAUUCAUAGAUCUAGUUAUUCAAAUUCAAGGCAAUUGUAAAAUUGGAAAUCCGAAUGCAAGGAUAUAUUUACUGAAACCCUCAAGAAUAAUUCUGAAAGGACCAUUGGAAGUUCUCAAAAAUACGUCGAUCGGAACAUUAUGAUGGCAGAAGAAAAUGGAAACAAAGAUGACGAUGCCCACAUCUACGAAAACGCCGAUGCCGUUGCCGCUGCCGCAGAACUAGAAGACGUUAACCAGAACGUCAUUCGACAGCGGCCACGAAGACGGGCGGCGCUUAUAGGGGACGCUCUGUGCAAUUUUAUCCCGAACGAUUACAAUAAAAUUCCUGAUGAGGAGAGGAACCAUCUGCCUCGUGCAUCAACGAAGAUGAUUGAUAAACUUGAAUUUUCGCCGAAAAAAGUGAAAUUGUCUCCACCUAUAAUGACGUUAAAAAACGGAUUGGGAGAUGGUAGGUCCCCGUCUAUGUUAAAUGGGGACUACGCGUCACUUUCGCCAAUGGCGCCAACUACCCAAGAACAGCAACAGCAGGGAGGGCUAGCAGAGCUCAAAGCUAUGACUGCCCGGUUAAAUCUAAGUACAAGACGAAGGAGCACCGUCGAGUGGCAGGAGAAACACUUACAGAGAGGCACGAAAGGAAAACCGAACUCGGUACAGAAUGGACUUGGUACGAUAUCGGAAGAUGGCGUCGAGGAUUCUGACCACACUGCGGCGCCACUGUCGGAGGCGGAGCAGCGAAUAAGUGAUGCUUUGGAUUGGUUACGAGAGGAACUAACUGAAAUGCGUUCCCAAGAUCAGGACCUUGCGCGCCAACUAAUAUCCCUCCGCCACGAAAUCCAUCAACUCAAAUUACAACAGAGCUGCAACGAGCACCAGGAAAUGCUCGCAGACGCACGAGACGAGUUGGAGGACGAGAAAGAAGUCAAGAAUUUGGAACUCUGGGACACCGCUCUUGAUACAAGUGCGGAAAACCCGACGCCUUUGCGAUCGUUGGGUCAUUUGGGAGUGACGCGUAUGAAUUUGACUUCCAGGCGGUUUUCAAUGAGGUGAAUGGAAUCCUGAAUGUGAUUGGUGGAUAAUCAGAGGAAAUUGUUGAUCUGGGGAUAUCUUUGGGGAGAAUGCGAUUGGAUGAUAAUAACGUGAAAAACGAGAUUGGACGGUGACGGGAAAGCAUGCACUAGAAUAAUAAAUGUGGAAAUAAAAAGAGUUUAGAAAUAAUUGUUUGAAAAGAGGACUUGCAACUGAAAUGAUAAGCAGUUGUUUUCAUGAAUGGAUAUGCCUCUUACAUGUAGAUGGGAGAUCUUUAGCUAGUGACGAAAAGGCAGUGAUUCGGUUUGCCAUUUUCUCUAUUCGGGGACGUUUUCCCAUGAUCAGAGAAGGAAGCGGAAGUGAGAGAAUUGGAUCUCUUGCUUGUAAGUGGGGUUUGGACCAAAAGGCCUAUCACUUCAUCAUACUGAGUCCAAAGAGAGAAAAAAAUGAACAGCUUGCUCUCUCUUCUUAAGAUUUUCUUAAUUUAAUUAUUAUCUGUUUUAUGCGAGGCACUCUGCAGCAGACUACACUCGAAGAAGGAUUGGAUGUAACGGUUAUAAGCUGAAAUGAUACUCUGAGGCAAUACAAGAGAUUCACUCUAUUUGACUCUUACAAGGACCGUAACGAUAUAAUUUAAGUGCUGCUCAAAACUUGGAAAAAAACGACAAAACAUGGCAUUAAAUUGACAAAAAGUGCGUGACUUUAGGCGACAUCAAAACAAAAAUCAUUACCAAAUUACUUUGCGUCAAUAAAUCACUUAAAAUUAUCUAAUACAAUAAAUCUUGCAAACAGUCACUUUUGAUAAUAAGCAAAUCUUCUAUUAAACUUAUAAGAAAAAUGAAAAUCACUUCUUUAGUAAAUAGGCGAAAAAUGUCAACUCAAAUUACAUUCCGACUUAAGGUUUUUGUAAAAAGGGAACACGACCCCCU